AUGGCUCAGGCCGGUUCGCUUGUCAACGGCUCAGACGAACCUCACUAUAAUGGCGCUCCUGCAACGCAAGGUCACAUGGAAGAUGGCGCCUCGUAUGGAGAAUUCAAUGGUGACUUUGUCGCAUCCGAAGACGUGGGUGGUCAUGUUCUUCGAAAUGCAACUAUACACCGGAACUAUCAUGUGCCUCCGAACGCUACAAUCCCCAAUGGCGUGAACGACCAUUUCUCUAGUAGGAGCGCUCGCCCACCGCGGAGCCGUAUGGCUGAUGAUGUUCUCGGUCCCCAGGUCAACGGCGUCAGCACCGCGCCUCCAACCAGCCGGCGAAGCUCCCUCUCUUCGCAGCGCACGCGAGUCGACAGCCUCCGCGAUGCACAGCAAGAAGAAGACGACUACGUAAUAGACUGGUGGCUCUGCGAGCCCCUCGGCCGCACAUCCUCAAACGCAACCCACAGCUCCAGCAUCGCCUCCUCCCUCGAACGCGAAUACUUUGCUCGCCACCACCAACGCCGCUCCUCGCAAACCUACGACCCCCUAGCCGGAUACUACUACUACUACGACGACGAUGACGACGACGACAUCCAAGAAUCUACUAGUAGCAGAAGUAAUAGCACAGGCUCGGCCCUCUUCCCCCCGCCCCCAAACAGCAUGCUCUCCCACGUCCCGUAUCUCGAUCCCGGCCCUGCUUCCAAUAUCUGGCCCCCGAACCCGGGUCCGCCAAACCUACUGGCCUCACAGUCCUCGAGACAUGCCUCGGGAACUACGGUGGCGACGGGAGAUCGUUCACCAUCACCGCCGUCCCCGUCGGCACUAGUAGUAGUAGGAAACGCAGAUGCCGCUGCAGCGGAUAGUAGCACACCGUCGCCGCCGCGGUCACUUACUGCCGCAGCCCGCAGCAGGAGGAGAAGGAGGCGGAACGCAAUCCUUGCUCGGUUGCGUGCGACUUGGCGCGGUGUUGUGAAGCGAGGAGCAACGUCAUCACGGUUCAGACGUGACAGGUUCAAGUAAGGCGUUGAGUUUUGAUUCUUUCUUAAUUUUUUUUUAACUCCUUUAUUUAUUUCGGGCGAACGAUGACCCUCCUUUCUUGCCCCCCCCCCCCCCCCUCUCUUCACAAACGAGAGCGGGGUGUUCGGUUGUGGGGCUUUUCUUCUUGUUAAUCUUUCUUCUCUCUUACUCUCUUAUCAUGCAAGUGACAGGUUUUCUCGUCGCAGAAAGAAAAAAAUAGUGAGGAGUUUCCUUGGGACGGUGGAACUGGUACAUGGUUCUCUGGGUGUUUUUUUUCUUCUUCUGAACUUUCAUUUGUGAUUUCGGGGGGGUUUUUAGUGCUGGAUGGAAAGAAAGUGUAGAUGGUUAUAGCCUUGUAGAUCAUUACCGAGUUGAUGGUGAAUUAGAGAAUAACAGUUCUUAACUGAG